AUGAGGCUCACACUGGGAGUUGCUGCUGUGUGUCUAGCGGCUGGAGCUUUUUGGACUCCCCAGGGAGCUCUAGCAGCCAGCUCCAAUGCAGCAGCAGACGCACUCAUAGCCUCUCUUUCACAAGCCAAUUCCAUUAAAACCGCCUCCGGACCUGUCUCAAGUCGACCAACAGACCGUGCCAGCGCUCGAGCUGCCGUUCUGGCAGGAAACUUCACCUCUAAACUUCAUCAUGAGCGAAGAGACAGAAACAGAAACUCAUGUCCUGCCGCGUGUAACAGCGCGGAUACAGGGUCGUGGGAUGUGUUUCAUGACAUCAACCGUCUCAAGGAGUGCAAUCAAACGAUGUUGUUGGACUUUGCCCUUUUCAAUCACGUCGACGAUUCCAAGCCGGUCGUCAAAAUCUCGGCUUGUACGGCGGACCUAAAGGUGAAUGAGAACAGACUGCACUCGUUGUCUAAGACAAACGACUGUGCGGUCGAGGGUGUGGAACUGUCUUCAAAGACGACACAGAUCCAACUGGGCUCGUCAGGGGCUUCGUCAAAAACUCAUGUCGCCGAUGUCAGUGCUGCUCUCGACCAGCUGCUGGCUUUGUCGAGCAUUUCUUCUGCAAACUGUCAAGAGACAAUCAAAUACGCCACCUCUGGAGACGUCAUUAUUGGUGUCUAUGCAGGAUCCGGCAUCGCCAGUCAAGGAGUGCUGGCAUCUGUCAUCGACAAGCUCAGCAGUGAAAUCCAAAGCAACGGCCAAGUUACAGAGAACUUGGUGGCCCAAGUUUGCGGCAGCAAGACACCGGCAAGAUACACGCUGGGCAUAUUUGCCACAACCAAGGGGCAUCUCGGUGCUGUCCAGCGCAGUGUGCAAUCCUGGAAGAACGGCACUUGCGUUGCCACAAGUUCCACAGGCGAUGUCAAGAUCAAAUCGAGCUCGAAUAGUGUUACGUAUCUUGCCCCGUCUGCCUCCCACAACAACUCAACCUCCAAAAGCUCCUCCGGCAACUCCAAGAAGCCAUUGUCAGCUCGUGCCGACUGCCGCACCAUUCAAGUUGAGGCGGGAGAUUCAUGUGCCUCUCUGGCCACCGAGUGCGGCAUCACGCCAGCCCAAUUCACACAAUACAACCCCAGCUCAACUCUCUGCGGCGCUCUCACCCCCGGACAGCACGUCUGCUGCAGCUCAGGCACACUGCCCGACUUCACUCCCAAGCCCGAUGACAAGGGCUACUGCUACUCCUACCUUGUGAAGGAUGGCGACUCCUGUGCCUCGAUCGGUGCAGCUUAUGACCUGACCAAUGCCCAAAUUGAGAGCUUCAACAAGAAGACCUGGGGCUGGAACGGCUGUGCGAAGCUCUUCGCCAGCUACAAAAUUUGUCUGAGCACCGGCUACCCUCCCAUGCCAGCCCCUGUGGCCAACGCCGUGUGCGGGCCGCAGGUAAACGGCACCACGCCGGCUCCCCCUGGCGUCGACAUCAGCACUUUGAACGAAUGCCCGCUCAAUGCCUGCUGCAACAUCUGGGGCCAGUGCGGCACGACGGGCGACUUCUGUACCCCCUCAAACUCAAGCACCGGUGCCCCUGGAACCGCGGCCCCGAACGAGAACGGCUGCAUCUCCAACUGCGGCGACGAGAUCCUCACGUCGGAUCCCCCUGCGGAGACUAUGAACAUUGCCUACUUUGAGGCGUUUGACCAGAAGCGUACAUGCCUCAAGAUGCCUGUCACUGCGGUCGACACGUCUGCUUACACGCAUAUCCACUUCUCCUUUAUCACGCUCAACGAGGACUACUCCGUCAAUAUCGAUGGCGUGGAGAGCCAGCUACGUCUGCUUUCUGGCAUGGCUGGCGUCAAGCGCAUCGUGUCUGUGGGCGGCUGGGACUUUUCAACCAGUCCGAGCACGUACCAGAUCUUUCGCAAGGCUGUCUCGUCCGAAGAGAACCGCCAGACGCUCGUAAACAACAUUGUUGACUUCCUUGCCGAGUACGACCUCGACGGCGUCGACUGGGACUGGGAGUAUCCCGACGAGCCGGAUAUCCCAGGCAUUCCGGAGGGGACUGAAGAUGAGACAACGGGGUAUUUCCUCCUGCUGGAUGAGCUGAAGCUCAAGCUGCCGUCGAACAGGACCGUGUCAAUCACUGCGCCAGCAUCAUUCUGGUAUCUUCAGUAUUUCCCUAUUCUCGCACUCAGCUUUGUCGUCGACUAUAUUGUGUACAUGACGUACGAUCUUCACGGCCAGUGGGAUUACAUCAACAAAUAUGCAAGUCCGGGCUGCCCUUCGUACGAUCAGGGCCUGGGCAACUGCCUACGGUCGCACGUCAAUCUCACCGAGACGCUUAAUGCCCUUUCCAUGAUCACCAAGGCCGGCGUUCCGUCUAACAUGAUCACCGUCGGUGUCAGCAGCUACGGCCGGUCGUUCCAGAUGAGUUCGGCUGGAUGCUGGACUGAGCAGUGCACUUACACGGGGCCUGAUUCGGGGGCUCUUCCGGGGCCCUGCACCAAUACUUCCGGCUACAUCUCCAACUACGAGAUUAACAGAAUUGUCGCCGGAAAUCCUUCUGCAGAGGUACACUGGGAUCAGGACUCGUACUCCAACAUUGUCGUUUACAACGGCACUCAGUGGGUUGCCUUUAUGAAUGAUUCCAACAAGGCCACCCGAACUGCUUUGUAUCCGUCCAUUAACUUUCUGGGCAUUGCCGACUGGGCUGUCGAUUUACUGUCUGAAGAUGGUGAUUCACCAGAUUCAUCAUCUUCUUCUGAACAGACAAUAUACAUUGACCCGGGCAUCUGGUCGUCCGCAACACCGUCGGUCGUGGCACCGCCUGGCGCGUCACUCAUCUGGCCUCCAAAGCCUCUGGGAAGUACUACAACGAUCACUUUUCCUCUUUGGACGACAACAGUUUCUUACAGCAGUUUGACGACGGAAACAAGUACUUUGACAGAUGGGUCGACGACCACGUAUCACGCGUAUGUGUGGGUGUCGUGGCUGACGACCCUUACAAUUCCUGCAGGCAUAUGGGGUGUUUCUCUUAACAAAAGCUCCUCCACGGGCACGAUUUACCUGACGAGUUCCGUCCAGCCACCACCCUUCAAGGUGACCAUUACUCCAGUAGUGAGCGGCACAACGUCCAUCAUUGGCCCCACGAAGACGUCCACCAUCAAGGGCACCGUCAUCACCUAUGGCUCCGAGACCUGGACGGAGCAAGACGAGACCCAGACGCAAGGCAGAAGCACCAGCAUCAAGGGCGGCACAACCCUCCCGCCCACCAUCAUCACCGUCACGCCCAAUCCUCAUCCCACCACUGUGGCAACCAAACCAGACCCAGAGGUCAAUCCCAAGCCGCCAUCGUGGAAGUCUGGGUCUGAUCCUAAGCCGACUGCCAAGCCGGGAUGCUCUGGAUGCGGCAAGCCUUGCAUCCUCUUCUGUGAUUCUGGCUGUCCGUUCUGCCCUCCUGGCAUCUUCCACCCUGGUGGCGGUGGUGGAGGAGAUCCCAACGACCCAGAUGACGACGACGACGACGAUGACGAUGACGACCCAAGUCAGUACACAAUCUAUGCUGAAUCUGUCCUUGACGACCAGUUCCCAGACAGCCCCGAGGACGCAGGCUCUCUGAACGAUCUCUGGAACACAGAGAUAUCUCGCUUCGCUUCCGAGAUGGGCUGGCUCACGACGAGUUCAACCACCACCAAGCCAUCCAGCACAGCCCCUCCCCCUCCGCCACCCAAGCCCACACCAGAAGCAACGUGUGAGUACUUUUACGGAGGAGUCCUGUACGAGUUCUUCAUCUACUACAUCUCCGGCUGGGACACCGACGACCUCGAGGGCCAUCUGCACGACGAGGAGAAUGGGUGCGGUGCGCUGACGGGCUGGGACUGGGAUUAUGCGCAUGCAAAGGAUCCCUCGGUGGCAUUCAACUUGCCUCUAUUCAUCAAAGACGGGUGCGUUGAACGUGCAAUUGUUUCUGCUGGAGGGCCCAAGAUUUCGUGUUCAAUGUAUGGCGGGUGGGGGACUCCUGGACCGGACGAUGAUGAUAUGGAUGCCGCGUUUGCAAAGGCUCAUCAAGCGAAUGCUACGCAAGAGCAUGGGCCGUAUAGGCCGAUGAGUUGGGCUACUUUGCUUGCGAGGGCAACGGGGCGAAGGCAGAAGUAG